CGCUCAGCCUCGGUGAUCCGCCAGGUGUUAUACUUAACCUGAACCCCGACGUAUAUCUUCUCCGUACAUCCGAUAUCAACCGUCCGAUGCAGAUCUUGAUGUUGUCGCUGCUUGCACUACUGUGAUCAGUGGAAUAAACAGGCCGGUUAACAUCCCGUCGUGCUAAUCGACUCCUUCGAUAUAAAUCCCAAACCUCCUCCUCCCUCUUGACGCACAGCGGCCAUGGCCGAGAGCUAUCGCCAUGUCAUCCUCCUCCUCCUCUCCUGCUGCUGCUUCUUUGUCUCGUUCGCUUCGUACCCUGUUGCUCCGAGUGGCUUCGACGGAGUGCGGAAGCUCGUCUUGUGUCUCGCCUCCGCCGGGGUCGACAACUACACGGUCCCGACUGCCGACCCGUUGAUCUCGGAUACCUCCUUGUACUACCUCUUUCUCAACUUCUCCAUCCAAAACCUCCGCUUCGCCCCGCGGCCCGGUCUCGCGCGCCCGGCCGCUAUCGUCCUCCCCGGGAAUCGCACGCACCUGCGGAGCACCGUCCUGUGCUGCCGCGCCGCCGGAUUCGGCGUGCGUAUCCGCAGCGGCGGGCACAGCUACGAGGGGUUGUCCUACUCCGAGGAUUCCGGAGUCGCCGCGCCGUUUGUGGUCGUCGACCUCAUGAGGCUGAACCGGGUCCGUGUCGACCCAGAAUCGCGGACCGCGUGGGUCGAGUCGGGAGCGACACUGGGCGAGACGUACCACGCCAUCGCGGCGUCGAGCGACUCGCUGGCCUUCUCCGCUGGGUCGUGCCCCACCGUCGGCAGUGGUGGCCACAUAGCCGGCGGCGGGUUCGGGUUGCUGUCGAGGAAGUACGGACUGGCGGCCGACAACGUGGUCGACGCAGUCCUGAUCGACGCGGACGGCCGGGUCAUGGACCGCGAGUCGAUGGGGGAGGACAUCUUCUGGGCGAUCCGCGGCGGCGGCGGCGGCGGGUGGGGGGCGGUCUACGCCUGGCGGAUCCAGCUCCUGCCCAUCCCCGCCCGGGUCACCGGCUUCAUCGUGAACCGCCCCGGGUCGACCCGCCUGGUCGCCGAGCUAGUCCACAAAUGGCAGCUCGUCGCGCCGAGCCUCCCCGACGAGUUCUACCUUUCCGCCUUCGUCGGCGCGGGGCUCCCCGAGCUGGACCGCGUCGAGAUGUCGGCCACCUUCAAGGGCUUCUACCUCGGCCCGAAACUGGAAGCGGUCUCAAUCAUGGCACGGACCUUCCCCGAGUUAGGACUCGUCGACACGGACUGCCACGAGACGAGUUGGAUCGAGUCGGUAUUGUUCUUCUCCGGACUCCCCAACGGGAGCACGGUUUCGGAUCUCAAGGAUCGGAUCCUCCGCGGGAAGAAAUCCUUCAAGGCCAAAUCCGACUUCGUGCGGAUCCCGAUAAGCAAAUCGAAUCUCACCCGCGCCUUCGACUUGCUGUCGCAGGAGCCGAAAGCGUACCUUAUCAUGGACCCGUACGGCGGGGCCAUGGCCAGGAUCCGGAGCGAUCAUAUACCGUUCCCACACCGGAGCGGAAAUCAGUACUUGAUCCAAUACAUGAUCGAGUGGACAUCAGAGGAGGAGGCGAGCAGCAAGCAGCACCUGGAGUGGAUCCGCGGGUACUACAACCACAUGGGGGAUUACGUGUCCAAGGGCCCGAGGGCGGCGUACGUGAACUACUUGGACCUGGAUCUGGGGACCAACAGAUGGACGGUCGGGAUGGGCGAUCUCAACGAUCGGACGGCUGAUGCGAGGUCGUGGGGCGAGAAGUACUUCCUGGCAAACUACGACAGGUUGGUGCGCGCCAAGACGGCCGUCGAUCCGUAUGACGUGUUCAACAACGCCCAGAGUAUUCCGCCCAACUCGUCCGAGCAGAAGGAUAUGAUAUCCCGACACAUCGCAACCGAGGUGUAUAUCUCAUAACGUGUCGUGAUGGAAAGAGACGACGUCGUGAAUGAGAGGACAACAGGGACAGUGAGAACUGCAGCAAGAUAGGCAUGAUGGACCCAAACAAGGAGGCACAUGGCAGGAGUCGAUUGAGAUAGCUAAAAGAAAGAAAGAUGCAAGCGUCGGGGAUAAGUAGUAGUCAGUUCGAUGGUCAAUUAUGACAAUGUUGUUACUGUAAAAUUAAAUAUGUCAAAAUCUGCGAUAUUUUGGGUCAAAUAAUGACAUCA